CCAGAAAUUGCAAGCAGGCCUGUUGGCUUUACUCUUAAUGCAACAGCGCUUGUGUAAGUGUAUAAAUAUCUAUGGAAUGAAAGCCGCAGCCUUUUACGGUUUGUGUUGCUGUCUUCUACUUCGGGUUUUGAUUUCAUCCUUUCGGAAACAGUUGUCAACGACUAUUUAAAACCGGAAACAGUUGUCAACGAUUAGAAGAGCUUUGCAUAGGAGCAGCAUUUUCUUCACUUUCGCAUUCCAAAGUUACAAAAUAACAAAGCUCAACAUUUUUUGUAAAUACCCGAGAAAGGUGGAGAAGUUGCUGCUGGCACGGACGGAAAAAAGAUUGACAGCCUCACUCGCCGGGCUGAGACAGAGGGAUGAGAGCUUUUUUCACCGGCUUGCGCAGUGGCUGGUGGUCAGCACCAGUGUGGACGCUGACCACAGUGGUUCUGCUGGUGCACGACGUUGCGGCCCGCAGCUACCUGGACCUGGUGAGCAGCCAAACGGACAACGUGGACAUGCGCAGAAACGAGGACCACUGGACGCCACCGAGCCCGGACGGGCGCAUGCGAAAGGAUGCGAACGACCUCACCUUGAACGGGCAGCAGGAGCACGAAAAGAAGAUGUUUGCGCACGACACUGCCGACUUGUGGAACGUGGUUCUGAAGCACGCUGGAUUGCAGACCUCGCUGGUGGCGGACGCGGUGGAAGCGCGGGCGCACCAGCGACGCACCAUUCUCGGUGUUCACGAACAUUUCGCCGCCCAGGUGCUUGCGAGCGUGGAACGGCAUGCCUACCGACUGUUCUCCAUAGAUGCCGACUCACAUUGGCACGAGCUGUCUCAGAAUCUGCAGCGUCUGGCCGAAGUGCUCCGCCCUUCCGGGGACAGGGAAACUCCCUCGGUUGGGUUGAAGCUGCGCCCGGGCUACAACCCGGAAAACGCGCAGGCGCUGGCUUACACCUACACCUACACGAUGCGGCCGCAGUUUGCGUGGCACAAGGGCCCGUUCAGUGUGUGGGUCAUGAAAAACAUGGCCGAAAUGCCAGUAUCCGGGGUUGUCUACGACCCAGACGUCUGGAACCUGGCCAAGCAGCCGCAGACGCUGAUUCUGAUCCACGAGGGGACCCACGCGGUGCUGGGAACGGAUGACAUCGAGUAUGCGGACGGUUUGAUGAACCAGCGCCCCAUCGAGACACUGACACGGCGGGAGCAGUUCGCUAAUGCAGACAACUACGCUUACUUCGUCACGAUGGUGAUUUGGUAUGGACACUAUAUUGCUUUUCUUCGACCUGCUGAGUGGUAGCAAUUUUUAGGUUUUGAUCUUUACCAACCUUUUCUGAAAGAAAAGUGAAAGACGAAUGCAGAAACUGUUUGCUCCCGAAAAUACAGGGACCUCGUGAAAGCCGGUAGCGAGGCUCCGGAACACCUCGCCAAAGCGUUCGCGGACACGGAUGACCUGCUCGCCGUCUUCACUGUUCAAGAAACGGGGAAGUUCAUGCUCGACAUGCCGCACCAAGGAUGGAGCAACCAGGAGGACAAGCAGCGAUACGAACGCGCCAUCGUGGAACUCGUCAGAACCCACCUGCGCCCGGACACCUGCACGAGACGCUGCGCCAAAGACAUCGGCGAUAUGAAUUUUCCGCGUAAAAAGUUAUACUCUCGACCAAUAUUUAUAAUUUCCUCGGAUCUUUCAUCUAUUCAUUUUCAUUUUUGGGCGCAGCAAUGAGAGAUGCAUGUUACUCGAUGUGGCAUAGGUGAGCGUAUGUAGAUGGAUACAAGAACCAACUGAAAAAAAAAAUCAAUUCCACAGCUGUACCCUACGCCCUUCGGCACAAGCGGAUGCGGCAGAAUUCGGAGCCCGGGCCUUUUGAUGUGAUAGAGCACGUAACAGACGCAAUCAAAAUGAUGCGGCUUCUCUGCAUGAAUUUUGAGUCUACAGCCGAUCCGUCCUGUGCUUGAGCUCGAGGCAGCAAUUCUGGGCGACGUAAGUUGAUAUAAUGGAUACACUUUUUCUCUACCUCUAGUAGAAGAAUACUCACCCAUGUUUAUAGAUAGAGAUGGUUGAGGUUGUCCAGCUGUAGUUACUCUUGCCAGGGCCUUGGGCUGAAGAGUCAGAGAAAGCGGGGCGUCGCAAUGCUCAUUUAGAGCUUCCGUUGAACAAGAUCAAAAACGAAUCAUUUCUGAAUGACACUGGCACUUUCCAAUCUCACCAUCACACGAAAGAACUUUUUGUCAUCAUGGAAGUAUUGCAAAUCUCUAUGGUCAACACACAAAUUUGUCGGGUUGGGUUGUCAUGACAGACUGCGAUGAUGCCAUGGGCCAGACCCUUCUGAUGGCGUUUUCCGGAGGAAUCUGGCUGUGGUUAUGGCGCCCAUCCACGUCCUCGAAUGAUCAAGUUGCUGUGCGCUAGGAAUGCGCGGCGGAUGUACUUAUGAAAUAAAGCGCACACAUGUUGAUUUUCCAAUUCCGACAUUGGGAUUGC